CAUUUGGCGGGAAUUCGGAAAACAAUUACGACCUGACUCUUACGGCCAUGACCUCCCUCACGAGCCUGAGGAUGAUGAACACGGAGCUCAUUGAGAACACGGGGAGCACUACGCGCGAUUUCCUCAUGCUUGAACGGAAUAUUCUUUCUCACUUGAAGCUCGCCGUCCUCCUCGCCUUGGUCUCUUGGUCUGUCCUCCUGCAUGCACGUCUCGUACCCCUCGGAGGAACAGGAGACUACAAGCCGGAUACAAGUCACCACGACGCGCGCUCACUUGCCCUGGGCUCGGUGCAGUUCCUUGCCGCGCUCCUGACUAUCGUCGCAGGGGGCAUCGAGUUCCACAAAGGCUACCAAGACUUGCGGAAUACACGACCAUUUCUCGAGGCCCCCAAGAUGCACUUAUGCAUCAUUCUCAUACCUGCCACCGUCGUCUUUGCGACAUGCAUAGCCUUGCUUGUGGAUGACGACCUGCUCUGAGGUCUUUUCGUCCAUGUAAAUUAUCGUAAAAUCGCCUUCACUAGUCCAGUCUUACGUCUACUCGUGGACCGUCGCACAUGUCAUGUUGUCGUGCUAUUUUGCACUGCUUUGUACACACAUACCCUAUAUCAGCCAUGCAGGCCAUAAUACAAACACACUGGAUCACCGACG